AUGUAUGGCUCCGCCGGCUUUCAGGCACUACGCGUGCCAUCAAGCCGCGCACCUGAAGCCAAAGACUUUGUUUCCGCAGCGGACUAUAUCGUUGUGUGGAUUUAUUUGGACUACCUAGACCUCUUUGAGGCUAUUUUUGAGGGUCAUCCUGAGAGUGUCUGGAUGGCCCGCGUUUCCCGCGUUUCGAUCGAGUAUCUCAGCGUCGCUGUUGUUGUUUUGGCAGCUUUCCUGUUCUCCAGACGCUUCCUUUCGCAAGCACUUCUUCACUUCAUCACACGCCGAGUCUCCUGGUGGCACUGGCUUCCAGAGAACGGUGGUGCCAAGGAGUUUGGACCCUUCUGGAGCGUGUUCCUUGCAAUGGCUGUGGUCAUGGCACCUCUCGCGCUUUUUACAGCUGCCAUCGCCGGCGUACACUAA